AAAGAUAUCUUUGUCAGUGAUUGUCCUGUUUUCUUUGAAAUCCGGUUCAAUCACAGAUGCCCAGCGUGUUCCCUGGUAUACUUCGAAAUGACUACUCAUUACCCAGCGCCCAUUCUUCCGGCCCAAACACGCGUAGGCUGGAUCGGCAUAGGCGUGAUGGGCUCCGCCAUGGCCGGUCGUCUCCUCGCUGCCGGCUACCCUCUCACUGUAUACUCCAGGACCCCUUCGAAAUCCCUCUCUCUCCAAUCCCAAGGUGCCCAUCUCGCUAAUUCACUCUCCGAUCUCGCUAAAGCUAGUGAUGUUAUUUUCACUAUGGUGGGACACCCCUCAGAUGUUCGACAAGUUGUCUUAGAGAAGGCAACUGGUCUUUUGCCUCAUUUGAACUCCCACACUGUUUUAGUUGAUCACACUAGUAGUCACCCUUUGCUUGCUAAGGAAAUUUGUAUUGCUGUUAAGGAAAGGAAUUGUUAUUCCAUUGAUGCCCCUGUUUCAGGUGGGGAUAUAGGAGCUAGGGAGGGGAAGUUGGCUAUUUUUGCGGGCGGGGAGGAGAGUGUUGUGGAGUGGCUUUCGCCUUUGUUUGAAGUGAUGGGGAGGGUUACUUAUGUGGGUUCUAGUGGGAAUGGGCAGAGUUGUAAGAUUGCCAAUCAGAUUGUGGUUGGAGGGAAUUUGCUUGGUUUGAGUGAAGGUUUAGUGUUUGCGGAGCGUGCUGGGGUGGAUAAGAGGGAGUUUUUGGAGGCGGUGAAGAGUGGUGCUGCGGGGUCGAUGGUGAUGGAGUUGUUUGGGGAGAGGAUGAUUGAAAGAGAUUUUAAGGCCGGCGGGUUUGUUGAGUAUAUGGUUAAGGAUUUGGGAAUGGGGGUGGAUGUUGUGGACGGGCAAGAGAGUGAGAAAGUUGUGGUGUUACCGGGGGCUGCUUUGUGUAAGCAGUUGUUUUCGAGUAUGGUUGCUAAUGGGGAUGGCAAGCUUGGUACACAGGGACUUAUUACUGUUAUUGAAAGGAUUAAUGGAAAGUGAUGUGGUUCAGUUGUUGAGGUCGGAUAUGUUGUGAAGUAGUAGUAAUGAUAUUGGACAAUGAAAGUAUGUAUUUGUUUUGUACAAUGUGUAGUUGGAGAUUGUGUGAGCUUUGGUGCUGAUAUUCAAGGAAGAUGGUUAUUGCUUCUUGCAAAGUUUCCUCCGUUCUUUUUAGAGAUAAUAUACCAGCAUUGGCCUGAAACCUGUUUGUUUAUUUGAUUUUGAAUAACUUCAUAUAUAACGUCACCACUCUAUGCAGUAGUUUAUCGGAUCACGCGUUUAUCACAUCUGUAAAAGUUUUAGAUGUUGAAUAAUAAAGCAUGUGUAUAUUACUCAACAUAAAUUGUGUGGA